GCAGUGGUAAAAAAUAUAAACAAACCAUCGAAAUCUUUUGGAAGCAGCUCUUUCAUUUGUCCGCGCAGAUCAACUAGAUUGAAGUGCACUGAUUAGAAAAGAUUUAUAAUUGCUUGUCUGAGUGCUUAUCUAGUGUAUCAUUAUAUUUCCAAUUUAUUUUCUAAUAUAUUCUUUGAAAUGGGUGAACCAAAAUUGAGCAAUGGUAUGCUGUUGGGACUUGGUAAUCCAUUAUUGGACAUUUCAGCCAAUACUGAUCACAGCUUCUUAGAAAAGUAUGGUCUAAAACCAAAUGAUGCUAUUUUGGCUGAAGAAAAACAUGUUCCAAUGUACAAAGAAAUGGUUGAAAACUACAAUAUUGAUUACACGGCUGGUGGAGCUUGCCAAAAUACUAUGAGAGUUGCUCAAUGGAUUUUGCAACAACCUAAUGUGUUUGCAUUCAUGGGAUGUAUUGGAAAAGAUGAAUUUGGAAAAAUUCUAGAAUCUAAAGCAAAGGAAGCUGGGGUGUUAGUAUCCUACCAAUACCAUGAUACAUUACCUACAGGAACCUGUGCAGUUGUCAUAACUGAUCAAGGGCAUAACAGGUCUUUAUGUGCAAAUCUAUCAGCAGCUAAUUGUUUUAGCAAGGAACAUCUUGAGAGGCCGGAAAACCAAGCAUUGAUUGAAAAAGCCAAGUUCUUUUAUAUAACUAGUUUCUUCUUGACUGUAAGUCCUCCUUCAAUAAUGCACGUUGCAGAGCAUGCUUCCCAAUUUGACAAACCAUUAAUUAUGAAUUUAAGUGCACCUUUUCUGAGUCAAUUUUUCAAAGAACCUAUGAUGGAAGCAAUGCCUUAUGUAGAUAUACUAUUUGGUAAUGAACAGGAAGCUGUAACAUUUUCUAGGGAGCAAAAUUUGGGCACUGAGAACAUUGCGGAAAUAGCUCUGAAAAUAAGUGAAUUGCCAAAGAAAAACACUGCAAGACAAAGAAUAGUUAUAAUCACUCAAGGGCAUGAACCUGUAAUUUGUGCACAAGAUAAAGUUACUACAGAAUACCCAGUGAUUAACAUUAUACCAGAAGAAAUUGUUGACACUAAUGGAGCUGGGGAUGCUUUUGUUGGUGGAUUUUUAGUUCAGUAUGCUUUGGGUAAUACCAUAGAAGUUUGUAUUAAAACUGGAAUUCAUGCUUUUAAUGUGUUUUUAAAAACACGAGGAUGUGCAUUGCCCGACAGGUCUUUAUUCAAAGAACCAAUUUAUGUUCCAUUAUAAAAGGAAGUAUAUCUUCUACUCACGAGUUGCGUCAAUGUUUUCUUGUGAUUUACAUUUAGUUAGUGAAAUAUAUAAAAAUAGGUAUUUUUGUGUAAAUUUAAAAUUGUCUGAAAAAUUAUUUUUGUUUGCUUAAACACAUAUAUCCUAUACAAUUAUAAUAUUUUUUUUAUCUAAGAAAAAAAUUUUAUUUGUAAUCAAAUAUAAAUUUAGAUUGAAUUAUUUUGCCUACAUAUAUAAGUGGUAGUAAAAGGUUUAAAACUUUUAUUAAGGGUGAAAAAAAAUAAUAAAGAGUGCCACACAGUGAAUGGA